GUUCCGUCGCACUCUUACCGCUUCUUUGUUUCGAGACCGUAGCAUCUCAGUUAGCACAGGAGCGUUUUAGUGUAUGCACGUGCGUGAUUUCAGCGACGACGACAUAUUUUGUGUUACGACGUUCUUUUUGCAAGGUACUUCUUUGAUAGUCAUGGAUUCCAGUUUAAGAAAUAGCAGAGGUAGAAGAAUAUUGGCUUUAGUUAAUCACAGUGUAGAUGGACCUCCAGAAACAGUGUUCCAUGAACAAGGAACAUAGCAGUGGAAAUACUCAACGCAGUCGCUCCAACAGCUCCUCUUCCUCGAGCUCUUCCAAUAGCAGUACAAGUUCUUCAUCAUCUACUUCAUUCAUUGAAGAUAGUGAUGAUUCUGUCAAGGAUCCUCUCUACCAACCACCUGAAAGUCAAGCUCCCGUGUCUCCCAUAAUUUUUGACUACUGUAAUGAAAAUGAUGAUGAACAAUUCGGACAGUUGCCGGUACGAGCAGAUUUACUCAUAACCAGUGAUGUUAAUCAUGUUCCAGAUCAAGAAAAUACAGAAAAUGCAAUAAAAAAAAGAGGAAAACGUAAAAGAGAUGAAAAUAACUGGCAAAAGAAUGUUUUGAAAAAACUAAGGAAUGAAGGAAAAUCCUAUGUGAGUACUUCUAAAAAAAUUGUACCAGCGCGUAAAAUUAAAAAUGCCUGCUUCGAAAAGUGCAAAUUGAAGUGCAGUACAAAGUUUACUGAAGCUGAAAGAAUGUCUAUAUUUGAUGAUUAUUGGUCGUUAGGCAGUAUUUUAAAACAGUGGAAUUACAUAUCUAAUUGUAUAGAGGCUAUAAAACCUAAGUAUCGCUAUGUACGUGAAGGUGGCACCAGAGAAAAGCGCCGUUACAAUAGUGCAUUUUAUUUUAAUUUGCAUGAAGAAAAAAUAAGAGUUUGCAAAUUGUUUUUUAAAAAUACGCUUGGAAUCACAGACCGACCUAUCCGAACAGUCUUAGAUAAACAAAACAAAGUUGCAGGGAAUCUUUUAGCAGAGGAUAAUAGAGGGAAACACAAAAAUCACGCAAAAGUUGAUGAUGCUAUCCGUAAAGCAAUAAAGGAACACAUUGAUUCUAUUCCAAGAGUAGAAUCCCAUUAUUGUAGAGCCACCACUUCCAAAGAAUAUAUAGAUGGUGGUAAAUCAGUUGCCGAUAUCCAUAAAGACUACAUUGAAAUCUGUAAGUCUAAAAACAUUCCAUACGGAAAUUAUACUCUGUUCUACAGAAUUUUUACAGAAGAAUAUAAUAUUUCACUUUUCCAACCAAAGAAAGAUCGUUGUGACUGUUGUGUUGCCUAUGAAAACUGUGAAGGUGCAGAAAAAGAAAAUAAGAAGCAAGAAUAUGAUAAGCAUUUAAAAGAGAAAGAUCUAUGCCGAGCAGAAAAAGUCAAGGAUAAGGAAAAUAAAGACGUAGUUGUCGCAGUUUAUGACAUGCAAGCUGUGUUCCAAUGCCCCAAAGGAGAUACCUCAUUAUUUUAUUACGUAAGCAAGUUAAAUGUCUUUAACUUCACCAUUUACGAUCUUCAUUCUAAAGAUGUAGAAUGUUAUGUUUGGGAUGAAGCUACAGCCAACAGGGGCGUUAAUGAUCUGGGUACCUGCGUAUUUAAAUAUUUACAAAAUCUGGCCCAAAAUAACAGCACAGUCGAUGUCAUAUUUUAUAGUGAUAACUGUGUGGGCCAACAAAAAAAUAAAAUGAUGCUGUCUAUGUACAUGUUUGUUGUGCAACGUUAUCCGAACAUAAAAACAAUUACACACAAAUAUUUAAUUAAGGGACACACCCAAAACGAGGGUGACUCUGCACAUUCCCUCAUUGAAAGACAGGUUAAAAAGCAAAUCAGAAGUGGUCCAAUAUACACCCCUGAAGCCUUUAUUAGUGCAAUCAAAGUUGCUAGAUCAAAACCUACACCUUUUCGGGUGAAUGUAAUGAACAAUGAUGAUUUUCUCGAUUGGAAAGGUGUCUGUUCUCAAAUGGGUGUAAACAUAACAAAGGAUGAAGAAGGAAACACUAUCAAAAUUGCAGACUUAAAAGUUGUGAAAGUAGACAAAGAUCAUCCCAGAUCCAUAUUCUUUAAAACUUCUUAUGAAGAGCAAGAGUUUAAAAAAGCAGAAGUGAUAAAAAAGAAAAAAUCUGUAGAUGUUGAGGUGAAAAAAGUGUAUGACGUAAAACCCGGAUUAAAUAAGAAGAAAAAAGAUGGUUUGUUGGAGUUGAUCAGAAAAAAUGCCAUUCCCAGAUAUUACGCACCUUUUUAUAACUCUCUUUAAAGUCGUAGUAAUUUGAUUUGCAUAAAUCAAACAAAUUUUUUUUUAUAUUUUUUUAUAUUAGAUUCAUAAGUAUAAAGUUCCUCAGCUCAUUACUUUGCUAUGAAUAAUGUUAAAGUGAUUUAAAGUUUAUUUGAAAGUUAUUGUUAAAUUAGAAAAGAACAAUGUUAAAGUGAUUUAAGUUUAGCUGUAAGUUAUUGUUGAUUUUAUUUCUUAAAUACCUAGUUAAGUUACCUACAGUAAAUGUUGUGACUAUUUAACUAUAAAUUAAAAGGCUGAUGAUAAA